CAGCCAUAUUGCAGCAAGCUCCUAGACUCGGUGAAAUCAUCCGCAAAGCACCAGUUUAUCCAGCUUCAGCCGCGACACCGAGGAUAAUUCCGCUCGGUAGUCGGAUGCGGUGCAGAGAGAUCCAGAAAGGUCCGGAGUUAAACCGGAGAAGCCGCAUCUCAAAAGAUGUUGAGUGUGGGGUGAUUUGGGGGUUGUGGCUUGCUGCAUGUGGCGGUGUAAUUUUUUCGAAGAGGCUGAGAAUUUUCGAACCCUAACUCCACACGUGAUUCAAGGGCACAUUUUUCGGGCUAGGGAUAGCACACACCGUUCUUGCAUCCACUCAACCUCAGCCCGACAUCACGACACCAACGACGCGCAGCAACAACAAGGUAAAGGUCUUUUCGUAUACGUCAAGGGACGUCACAUGAGCUACCAGCGCUCGCGUAACACCACCCACUCUGGCACCAGCUUGAUCAAGAUCGAGGGUGUUGACGACACCAAGUCCGCCAACUUCUACCUUGGCAAGAAGGUCGCUUUCGUCUACCGAGGCCAGAAGGAGAUCCGCGGAACCAAGAUCCGUGUGAUCUGGGGCAAGGUCACCCGACCGCACGGCAACUCCGGUGUUGUCCGCGCCAAGUUCACCUCCCCUCUCCCCACCAAGUCUUUCGGUGCUUCCGUUCGUGUCAUGCUGUACCCCUCGUCGAUAUAAAAAAAGGGCUUCGGGACGGAGUUGGUAGUGAGGGCGGUUCUCAUUUGGCUGCAUUGGUCGAGGCAAGGAUAAAGCAUAUUGUCUUGCUUUGAGGCAUUCAAUUCAAAAAGACGUCAAAUCCCAACCCCGAGGGCUCUGAGGACCUGACAUCUCGGUGAUGAUGUUCCCUACCACGCAUC